GAGCUGCCCCGCCGGAAGCGCCAGGGCGGGGGCAGCGCUCGCGCCGCGUGGAGGAAGAUCCGGGUCGGGGGCUGCGGCGCGACUGCCCGCGCGUUACGAACUCCUCGCGCUUCAGCUGGGCCGGCUCCUCUCUGCGCGGCACUCAGGAGCGAGAAGGAUGGAUGAAGCCGCUGGGGAUUUGAAGCAAGCGCUCCCAAAUGUGUGUGACAACAUUCAAAUACACGUGGAAGUUCAUCAGAAAUCGAGCAGUGCGGCCAAGAAAGAAGAUAUCAGGAUGAGUGUCUUAAAGCUGCUAAACAGACAUAACAUCGUUUUUGGUGAUUACAAGUGGACAGAGUUUGAUGAUGGUUUCCUUAACAGCAAUGUGCAGUCUGUGUCGAUUGUGGAUACGGAGCUGAAAUUGAAGGACAGACAGCCUAUUGACUUGACCAAAAGCAGUCUUUCUCUUCAUAUUUUUCAUCUGAAUGAAGAAGGACCAAGUUCUGAAAACCUCGAAGAAGAGAAUGAGGAUAUCAUUGCAGCUAACCACUGGGUGCUACCAGCAGCUGAAUUCCAUGGCCUUUGGGAAAGUCUUAUAUAUGACAGUGAAGUAAAAUCACACUUACUUGAUUAUGUGACAACAACAUUACUAUUUUCUGACAAAAAUGUUGAUGACAACCUGAUAUCAUGGAACAGAGUUGUUUUGCUGCAUGGUCCUCCUGGAACUGGGAAAACCUCUCUCUGUAAAGCAUUGGCUCAGAAGCUGACAAUUCGACUGUCGUACAGGUAUAGGUAUGGACAGUUAAUUGAGAUAAACAGCCACAGCCUUUUCUCUAAAUGGUUUUCUGAGAGUGGCAAGCUUGUAACCAAGAUGUUCCAGAAGAUUCGAGAGUUAAUUGAUGACAAAGAUGCUCUUGUAUUUGUACUGAUUGAUGAGGUGGAAAGCCUCACAGCAGCCCGCAGUGCUUUCAAGGCAGGCACAGAGCCUUCAGAUGCUAUUCGUGUGGUGAAUGCUGUACUGACACAAAUAGAUCAGAUUAAAAGGUGUCCCAAUGUAGUUAUCCUGACUACUUCAAAUAUUACUGAGAAAAUUGACAUGGCCUUUGUAGACAGGGCUGACAUAAAGCAAUACAUUGGACCUCCAUCCACUGCAGCAAUAUUUAGGAUAUAUCUUUCUUGCUUGGAAGAACUGAUGAAGUGUCAAAUAAUAUAUCCUCGACAGCAGCUCCUGACACUCAGAGAAUUAGAGAUGAUAGGCUUCAUAGAAAAUAACGUGUCAAGGUUAAGCCUUGUACUGAAAGAAAUCUCAAGAAAAAGUGAAGGUCUUAGCGGCCGCCUCCUGAGAAAACUACCUUUUCUAGCACAUGCACUUUAUAUUCAAUCCCCCAGUGUUACAAUGACCACAUUUCUUCAGGCUCUUUCACUUGCAGUAGACAAACAGUUUGAAGAAAGGAAGAAACUUGCAGAUGCUGUGUGAUCUUCUACUGUUUAUAGUUGUCUGUAUUAACACUGAAAAGUAAAUAUUUUUCAUACACACUGUGCAACUUCUAUACCUCCAUAAAAUAAAUUGUCAAUACCUUAAAAAAAGACGUUAUUGCUUCUGAAAUAACAAGCAUGAUGCUGGGAAGGAUUCAAAGUGCUCAGUGAUGGCCCAGACCUUUUAUACUGCCAUCUCUUGAUCUUGAAAUUUAAUAUCAAGUAUUACUUUUCAUAAUGACACAGAUUCAGAAGUUUAAGAUAGGUCUUUUGAUCAGAUACUUCUGUAUUUACAAGUAUUUGAUGUGCAGUCAGCUGAAAGACUGAAAUGUUAGAGGAGUUACCAGAUUAGAAAUUUAAUUUUUCUUAAAUGAAAAUAGAGAAUUAAGCUGAUAAUAUACAGUUAAUGCAUGCCUCCUAGGUGUUGGUAUAGGAAAUAGUUUAAUGAAAGUGCCUUUUGUUAUUUUCUUGUUUGUAUCUUUGAAAUCUAUGUUAUACUGUACAUUUACAAGACGAAAGAUUUUGUCAUUAACUAUUUUUAUUGAUGAAUGCUAUAAACUGUGUAUUAAAAAUUUUACAGACCUUGUCAA